AAUGCAUGAUGUCCCCAUUUCUUUCCGGUCCUUUCUUCAGGAGAGUUUCUGCUUUUUUCCUUUUGCUUAGUUAAUUUAAUUAAUUAAAUAAAUCACUUUUUUGUACAAUAAAUAAAUCACUUUUUCUGAUUUUAUUUUUAUUUAUUUAUAUUUAUUCUUCUUCUUUUUGACUACUUGUACUUUUUACAGGCUCCGUUUUUCUCUCUCUCUCUAAACUCUUUCUCUCUCUUCUGUCUCCACCAUCACCCGUUCGGAGACAACGCCGGAACCCACAUUCUUCACCGGAAAUUCUCUUCCACCGCCAAAAAAACACCUUCUUCCUAUCCUUUAAAACCAACCGCUCCGACCAAGUCUCGGAGAACCGGGUUUUUUCCGUUUCUUCACCUGGUCCAAGUUACUGCAUGAGUUGAAAAAUCAGCUUCUUUGACUUGGAAUUGUCAAUGAGGUUACUGGGUUUCUAGUUUUCGUGAAGAGGAACAGAUCUACUAAGGUUUUUUGCAUUUUAGAGCACAAAUAAGAAGUGGGUUUUGAUUUUCAAAGAAAUUGAGCUUGAGGUUUAUGAUGUACGGAACUCUGAGAAGCGAUCGCAGAAGAUGGUGGAGUUUCGGUGAAUCUCUCACAUGGAAUGGCAGAUCUUGUUAAUCACAGGAAUGCAGACCGUGACAUUCAGCAGGCAUUGAUUGCUUUGAAAAAGGGUGCUCAAUUACUUAAAUAUGGUCGUAAAGGAAAGCCGAAGUUUUGUCCAUUUAGACUUUCCAAGGAUGAGUUGUCAUUAAUCUGGUUUUCAAGUAGCGAAGAAAGAAGUCUGAAAUUGUCUUCUGUCUCAAAAAUUAUUCCUGGACAAAGAACUGCUGUUUUCCAGCGAUUUCCGCGUCCUGAGAAGGAUUAUUUAUCUUUUUCACUAAUUUAUAACCACGGGAAGCGAUCCCUUGAUUUGAUUUGCAAGGAUAAAGUUGAGGCAGAAGUGUGGAUUGCUGGUCUCGGGGCAUUGAUAUCUUCUGGUCAAGGUGGGCGGUCCAAAAUUGAUGGAUGGUGUGAUGGAGGCCUGCAUCUUGAUGAUAGUAAAGACUUGACCUCAAACAGUCCUAGUGAAAGUUCAGUCCGUGCUUCUCAAGACAUUAGUUCUCCUGACGUUUCUCCUAGUGUGCCAAACACUUCUCCAAAGUCCUUUCAACCUGAAAAUACCUUAAAUUCCGAAAGGUCACAUGCACCAUCAAACAUGCAAGUGAAAGGGUCUAGUUCAGAUGUUUUUCGUGUUAGUGUUUCAAGUGCCCCCAGUACAUCCAGUCAUGGGUCGGCACCGGAUGAUUAUGAUGCUCUUGGAGAUGUAUACAUAUGGGGAGAGGUUAUCUCUGAGAAUGUUGUAAAAAUUGGUGGUGAUAAAAAUGUCAGUUAUUGUAAUCCGAGAACUGACAUUCUCCUCCCGAAGCCACUCGAAUCCAAUGUGGUUUUGGAUGUACUUCAAAUAGCAUGUGGUGUUAAACAUGCUGCUCUAGUUACAAGGCAAGGUGAAAUGUUUACAUGGGGUGAAGAAUCUGGUGGACGCCUUGGCCAUGGUGUUGGGAAGAAUGUGGUUCAACCUCGUCUAGUUGAAGCAUUAGCUUCUUCAACUGUUGAUUUUGUUGCCUGUGGGGAGUUCCAUACCUGUGCUGUUACAAUGGCUGGUGAAAUAUAUACAUGGGGUGAUGGCACUCACAAUGCUGGACUUCUUGGUCAUGGAACAAAUGUUAGUCAUUGGUUACCGAAGAGAAUCGCAGGUCCACUAGAGGGGCUUCAGGUUGCUUUUGUCACUUGCGGUCCGUGGCACACAGCCUUGAUAACUUCAACUGGGCAGCUAUUUACAUUUGGCGAUGGAACGUUUGGUGUCCUCGGCCAUGGAGAUAGAGAAAAUAUUUCAUAUCCUAGAGAAGUAGAAUCGUUGUCUGGGUUGAGGACUGUAUCUGUUGCAUGUGGAGUGUGGCAUACUGCAGCUAUUGUAGAAGUCAUUGUGACACAAUCUAGUGCAAGUAUAUCAUCGGGUAAAUUGUUUACUUGGGGAGAUGGAGAUAAGAAUCGUCUAGGACAUGGAGAUAAAGAUGCUCGGCUUGAACCAACUUGUAUAUCUGCUCUUAUCGAUCACAAUUUUCAUAGAAUUGCUUGCGGGCACAGUUUGACAGUAGGCUUGACAACGUCCGGACGCGUUUUCACGAUGGGUAGCACUGUUUAUGGCCAGCUUGGGAAUCCCCAGUCUGAAGGAAAACUUCCCUGUUUGGUUGAAGACAAACUUGCGGGAGAAUGCGUCGAAGAAAUUGCAUGCGGAGCUUAUCAUGUUACUGUUUUAACCUCCAGGAAUGAAGUGUAUACUUGGGGGAAGGGUGCAAAUGGAAGAUUGGGUCACGGAGAUGUUGAAGAUCGAAAAACACCAACUUUGGUUGAAGCCUUGAAGGAUAGACAUGUGAAAUAUAUUGCAUGUGGUUCAAACUACUCGGCUGCGAUAUGCCUACAUAAGUGGGUAUCUGGUGCCGAGCAGUCUCAGUGCUCUACUUGUAGACAGGCAUUUGGGUUCACUAGAAAGCGGCACAACUGUUAUAAUUGUGGACUUGUGCACUGCCACUCAUGCAGCUCACGAAAAGCAUUAAGAGCAGCCCUUGCUCCUAAUCCUGGGAAGCUGUAUCGUGUUUGUGAUACUUGUUUUGUGAAAUUGAGCAAGGUUGCAGAAUCCAGCAAUAAUAAUCGGAGGAAUGCAAUGCCUCGUUUUCCAGGAGAAAACAAGGACAGGUUAGAAAAGUCUGAGCUAAGGUUGUCGAAACCAGCCCUGCCUUCUAAUAUGGAUUUGAUAAAGCAAUUAGAUAGUAAGGCAGCCAAACAGGGGAAAAAGGCUGAUACGUUCUCUCUUCGCACCUCACAAGCUCCAUCUUUGCUACAGCUGAAAGAUGUUGUUAUGUCUUCUGCUAUGGACCUGAAACGCACAGUCCCGAGACCUAUUCUUACACCGUCUGGAGUGAGUUCCAGGUCCGUGUCACCUUUCUCUAGAAGAUCGAGCCCUCCUCGUUCUGCUACACCCAUUCCAACAACAUCCGGACUUGCCUUCUCAAAAAGCAUUACUGAUAGUUUGAAGAAAACAAACGACCUUUUGAAUCAAGAAGUGCUGAAGCUGCGUUCUCAGGUUGAGACCCUGAGACAGAGAUGUGAGCUGCAAGAAUUAGAGCUUAAAAAGUCAACAAAAAAGACUCAAGAAGCUAUUGCACUGGCUACUGAGGAAUCUGCCAAAUCCAAGGCUGCAAAAGAAGUUAUUAAGUCACUUACAGCACAGCUGAAAGAUCUGGCAGAGAGGCUUCCGCCUGAUGCUUAUGAUGCCGAUAAAAUCAAACCAGCUUACCUGCCUAAUGGUUUCGUCGGUUUCGUCGAGCCAAAUGGCAUCCGUCAUCCAGACUCAAACGGGGAGCACCGCCACACAAGGGCAGAGUCGAUCAGUGGCUCCAGUGUGGCUUCCAUAGGACUUGAAUCUUCUCUGAUGAAUAGAAUUGAUGGGAAUUCACCUGGAAGCUAUGCAACUUAUUUGUACCAGCAAAACCGAGGAUCUGUGACAUCUAAUGGGACAGAUGAUCACCGAGACGUUAAAUUGCCAAACGGUGGUGGCACGAUUCAGGCAACCAACAGUAGUGUGUCGGAUACUGUUGAUGGUAGGGAUUCUGGGAAUUUCCGAGAUGAUGAGAGUGGUUCGAGAUUAAGGAAUGAUGUGUUGCCUGCUAAUGCUAACAGUAAUCAAGUUGAGGCAGAAUGGAUUGAACAGUAUGAACCUGGUGUCUAUAUAACUCUGGUUGCCAUGAGCGACGGAACAAGAGAUUUGAAGAGAGUGCGCUUCAGCCGGAGAAGAUUUGGAGAGCACCAAGCAGAGACUUGGUGGUCAGAGAACCGUGAUAAGGUAUAUGAAAAGUACAAUGUUCGUAACACAGACAAGUCAUCCAGCCAAGGUGCGCGUAAGGCAGAAGAUGCCGGUUCACCUGUUCUAUAAUAUUAUUAGGAAAAUAGAUGGAGAAAACUUCUCCUUUUAGAUACAUUAUGUUGCAGUGAACAUAAUUGUAGGAAAUCAAUAUGAAGGAAGUUAAAUGUCCUCAAUUUUAUUUCUAGUUAAAUGUCCUCAAUUUUAUUUAGGCUGGUUCCCUUUACAAUUUACAUAUAUGUUGUAUUGUAGUGUAUAUAAAAUUAUCCAUAUAACUUUCCUAAUUUCUUGGUUC